UCUGCAUCUUUGCGCAAAGUUUCUCAACACCCAAAUAUGGCGUUUUGGGGUUUGAUUUUUUUUUUUUCCCAUUUUGUGCUUUGUUUAUUUUCCUCCCAUCUGUUUGACUACAUGAUCGUGGAUAGAUAGGGAGAACUAUAUGGAAACUUUCUUUUAUGUAAAUGCAUUUCUUUCAUAAUGGUAAUGUUUGAUCGUUUCUUGUCAAAUGUCUGAUUUGUUCUUUUAAUUUCUUGUUUGCCACAUAAUUAUGUGAAAGAAAUGAUUGGCUCAAACUUAAUUUCUCUGUAUAUAGCAGAACGGUCCAAUUUUUAUGUUCAAUUUGAUUCCAAGAUUUUGUAUCUUCUCAUAGAACCAGGGACCGUACACACUACAGUUGCAUAAUAAUAAAGGGCGUGUUCGGAUUUCACAGGCGACACUAGGGGAGCGUAGUGGAUUGUGGAAAUCAAGAUCGAUAGUGCGAUGUGCUAUUGGCAGUCGGCCUCCAAUUUCAAUCUGCUCGUUGUGCAAGGAAAUUCAUUGUUGUCAGUUGGAUCUUGAGUUCGAGGAGUUUGAUGAUGUUGUUUUCUCAGUUGUCGGUCCACGUGGAAUCCACCUCGCCCGUUAUUACCUCCCUUCCAAGGGAACCAGCAGUAAAAGUACUGGAACUGAUGAACUUGGAGUAAGAUAUUAGCAAUGCAGUAUGUGAGAGAUGAUAAUAGGCGCCAAUGGAUCAACAGCUUCGAUGAUGAUGCAGGCAAAAUAGGGCUUUUGCUUCCAGUUGACGGGAGAGGUUCAAGUUUUAAUGAUAUAGCAACUGAUUGCGGACUCAAAGAAGAUACACCAAAGGCUAUGAACAAAGGCAACUGUCCACUGGCUAUAAUUCCAUGUCAGAAAUCAAUCACUGGAAAAGAUUCAAACAGAAGUCCCCAACCAGUAACUGAAAUGUGCCAUUCUCAGGAGAGAAAGAAAGAAAAGAAAAGGAAGAUUGAAAACCAAGAAAACCGUCGUGACUCAAAUAUUUCGUCAUUCAGUUGGAGAUGGAAAAUCGAAGCUCACUUGCAACUCCUAAGUAGAUCAAUUAGAGUGCCAUGUCAUCAGAUACUUAAAUUAUCUGAUGGAAUGACAUUGCCAAGAGCUCCAAACAAAAGUUUCGAACCAGUAACUGAAAUGUGCCAUUCUCAGGACAGAAAGAAAGAAAAGAAAAGGAAGAUUGAGAACCAAGCAAAUCGUUGUGACUCAAAUAUAUCAUCAUCUCAAUUGGAGAUGGAAAAUCAAAGCUCACUUGCAAAUCCUAAGGAGAUCACCAAGAGUGCCACAUCACCACCACAGGUACUUACAUUAUCAGAUGGAGUGACUUUUGAGGUGCUGGUGAAGGGAAAGCAAGAUGGAAAAGUAGCUUCCACAAGAAAGCAUAGGUGACUUGACUCUAUUGAUAAUUCAGAUAGAGGUGGUGCAAACACAAUGCUAGUAUCACUACUGAGUUAUCAUUGGUUCUAACAUUGGUGAAGCUUCCCAUAGAUUCCGUCUAGGUCUCUCUCUCACUCUUUCUCUCUCUCUUUCUCACUCACACACACAGAGCGGCAGCCAUAAAGUAGAGAAUUUCCAUCCAUUUGUUGUCUCCUUCGCUACCGCUCCGUGGGGUCAACAUUACGAAGCAAGACGAGAUCACCACUUCUCUCAGUAAUUGACUUUACUUCGUAAACUUAGCCUUAGAUGUCCUUUCAUAGAUUCUCGAACCUACUUAAGCACAGUUCUUCUUAUUCUUAUUCUUUCUUAGUUGAAGUUCCUAUAUUGGUUUUUUCUUUCUUUUGUGAAUGUUAUAACUCCAAAUUCUAGGAGUAUAUACAGUUUCGGUGGACUUUUUUAGGUCUUCCCAUGAUUUUCCAGAAAGUUCUCUUCAUUCCUUUCCCUAUACAAGUUGUGCCUCUUCAUAUUUAUUUGCUGUCUUUGAUCAGUUGACAAGAACAUGAUAAAGGGAUUGAACAUUGGCAUUGAAGGUAAUCAUUUUUAUGGACCGAAACUGUAUCCUUGUAUAUAUGAAGCGUUCUAUUAUACUGUCUCUUAUUCGUCCCUAAACUAAGUCGUACAGGUAUAUAUGCAUGUUGGUGAAAAGAGAAGACUAACUGUUCCACCAUCUUUGGGGUAUAUACAAAUCCUUGCUGAAAUGUACAUCUUUUAAACUUGUUCGUUGUGAUUCCAACGCUUAAAAAGUUUCUAUGUUCGUGCCUUUUGUCGAUGCAGCCUUGGGAAAAAUGGUAGGCCUCCAGCCCCGCCAAAUUCAUGGCUCCAGUAUGACAUUGAAUUGGUUGAUAUAUGUGAAUAGUAGAGAUAAUAUACAGUUACUCCAUUCAUAAAUCAUUCAACAAUGAAAACGAUAUUGCCGACCCUUGCUGAGGUAGUUAUGUGAAGAGUUGUUUUACUAUGUCUUUUAACUGCAUUUUAGACAGUAAGCAAAGCAGCUCUCACCUCCAGUGAUGAUAUUAGCUUUGAUAACUGAAGGUUUUGUUUUUUUUGCC